AUGAGCCAGUGUCAAUCAGGCGUUCCCGUUGGGAACAAACGGAAAUGGGACGUGGCAGCUUUGGGCUCCGAUAUUUCGGGAGAUCAAGCCGUGUUCGACAGGAUUGGUAUGACGGCUCGGGACAAAACUCUUUGCCAAACCGAUGAGGGUGACAGUCUUCGCCAGCUCGGUUCGGUUCGCGAUGAACUAUCUGCACCCCUAAUCCCGAUGCAGUCCCCUAUAGCAUUACCUCGGCUGGGCCCUAUGGUUGAUCCCAUUAAUCCUAACAGCUCUCCGAAUAUGUCAACGGAGGAAUUCUACUUCAAUCCCGGAGAAGGGCAAACCCAUGGUCUUGACUUGCUACAAGAUUUUGAUGCUCCUAUUCUUCAAAUUAUGAAUAGUGUCCCAGCAUUGACAACCGGAUGGGCGACUCAAGACAAUAUUGUAGAUAUAAACACAGAAGCUGCAUUAUACCAUGAACAAUGA